AGCAUUCCAGAGUAGUGAGAGAGCCCCGAGAUCCUGCAAGAGAGAAGGCACCGCCCCCAGCCCGGCCUCCAAAGCUAACCCGCCAGCUUGAGUGGAAGAGGCCGUGUGCACACGACUACACACUUGGUCUACCCUGGCCCUACUCUCCCGCAGCCAUGGGGCCCCGCACCCCGCUCCUUAUCUUGUUCCUUUUGUCUUGGUCGGGACCCCUUCAAGGACAGCAGCACCACCUUGUGGAGUACAUGGAACGCCGACUAGCUGCCUUAGAGGAACGGCUGGCCCAGUGCCAGGACCAGAGUAGUCGGCACGCUGCUGAGCUGCGGGAUUUCAAGAACAAGAUGCUGCCGCUGUUGGAGGUGGCCGAGAAGGAGCGGGAGGCACUCAGAACUGAGGCUGACACCAUGUCGGGGAGAGUGGACCGUCUGGAGCGGGAGGUGGACUAUCUAGAGACCCAGAACCCAGCCCUACCCUGUGUAGAGGUUGAUGAGAAGGUGACUGGAGGCCCUGGGGCCAAAGGCAAGGGCAGAAGAAAUGAGAAGUAUGAUAUGGUGACAGACUGUGGCUACACAAUCUCUCAGGUGAGAUCAAUGAAGAUCCUGAAGCGGUUUGGUGGCCCAGCUGGUCUGUGGACCAAGGAUCCACUGGGGCCAGCAGAGAAGAUCUACGUGUUAGAUGGGACCCAGAAUGACACAGCCUUUGUCUUCCCAAGGCUGCGUGACUUCACCCUUGCCAUGGCUGCCCGGAAAGCUUCCCGAGUCCGGGUGCCCUUCCCCUGGGUAGGCACGGGCCAGCUGGUAUAUGGUGGCUUUCUUUACUAUGCCCGGAGGCCCCCUGGAAGACCUGGAGGGGGCGGUGAGUUGGAGAACACUUUGCAGCUCAUCAAAUUCCACCUGGCAAACCGAACAGUGGUGGACAGUUCAGUAUUCCCAGCAGAGGGUUUGAUCCCCCCGUACGGGCUGACGGCAGACACGUACAUAGACCUGGCGGCUGAUGAGGAGGGCCUUUGGGCUGUCUAUGCCACCCAGGAGGACGAGAGGCACUUGUGUCUGGCCAAGUUAGACCCACAGACGCUGGACACAGAGCAGCAGUGGGACACACCAUGUCCCAGAGAGAAUGCUGAGGCUGCCUUUGUCAUCUGUGGGACGCUAUACGUUGUUUAUAAUACCCGCCCUGCCAGUCGGGCCCGCAUCCAGUGCUCCUUUGAUGCCAGUGGCACCCUGACCCCCGAAAGGGCAGCACUCCCUUAUUUCCCCCGUCGAUAUGGUGCCCACGCCAGCCUCCGCUAUAACCCCCGCGAGCGCCAGCUUUACGCCUGGGAUGAUGGCUACCAGAUUGUCUAUAAGCUGGAGAUGAGGAAGAAAGAGGAAGAAGUUUGAGGGAGCUAGUCUUGUUUUUUGAAUCUCUUUCACCUCCAUACAUUUAUAUCCCGACUAAAUUUCCUGCUCCUCAUUCCGGGCAAGUUGUGAUUCACAUCUCAUAUUUUCAGCCAAUGGAAGCCAAAUUCUCAUUGCCCCUUCAUUUCACAUGGGACUCCAGAUCUCAAGGAAUCCUUUUAGAGCUAAAAGAGAGACAGCCCUAAAUGUUCAUUCCUCUCUUGCCCCAUGUCAACAGAUUUCAGGCCGGUGAAAGAUGAGCCAGCUCCAGAGCUCUGACCCUUAUACAUAUGGGGGUGACCCCAGUGAACAGGCAACAGAAUAUUUCUUGCCUCAGUGUGAGUCAGGGGAGAGAGGGCUAGGAGGACAUGACGUUAGACUCUGCCCUCUCUCCCUUCUCCCUUCAGUGCCCUAGAGGAUGGGACUCGUUCUGUACUGCAGCGUUUUGCAUUAAAAGGAAAAUCCACUGCU